AUGAGCGAUCUCGAUAAAGCCAUCGCCCAACUCCGAGCCUGCCGUCCCAUACCCGAGAGCCAGGUGCGCGAGCUCUGCUACAAGGCGCGGGAGCUGCUGAUCGAGGAGGGCAAUGUAGUGUGCGUGGAUGCGCCGGUGACGAUAUGCGGCGACAUACAUGGCCAGUUCCACGAUCUGAUGGAGCUGUUUCGCGUAGGCGGGGAUGUGCCGGAGACGUGCUAUCUGUUCAUGGGCGACUUCGUGGACAGGGGCUUCUACUCCCUCGAAUCCUUCCUCCUUCUGCUAUGCCUAAAAGUCCGGUAUCCCGACCGGAUCACGCUGAUACGAGGGAAUCACGAAUCACGACAGAUCACAACAGUUUAUGGGUUCUAUGACGAAUGUUUGCGGAAAUAUGGAAGUGCGAAUGUCUGGCGAUACUGCUGCGAAGUCUUCGACUAUUUAGCCCUCGGCGCGCUCAUAAUUGGCGCAUCCACUGAUAUGCAGCCCACCGACGCACCCUUAGUCGACCCGAACUCUCAAGCCCACGUUCCAUCCGACGCCACCGACCUUGAGAUUGAAAUCCUCAACUCGUCCGGCCAAAUCAUCAACCGCUUCCAGCGUCAGCCUCGACAGAGCGGCAACUCGCAAGACCUUUCGCAACUCUCCAACCCACCCUCCUCCCCAUCUCAAACGCAGCCAGACCAAACACCCACUCGCAGCGGCGCCCCAGGCACUUCCGCGACCUCCAACAGCGGCGGCAGCGCCUCGAACUCCUCGGGCGCCGUACUCUGCGUCCACGGCGGCCUGUCACCACUCAUCGACAGCAUCGACAAGAUCCGCCUCCUCGAUCGCAAACAAGAAGUACCCCACGAAGGCGCCAUGUGCGACCUCCUCUGGUCCGAUCCUGACGAAAUUGAAGGCUGGGGUCUGUCACCCCGCGGCGCCGGCUUCCUCUUCGGCGCAGACAUUGUCAAGUGCUUCAACCAAAAGAACGACCUUUCCUUGAUAUGCCGCGCGCAUCAGCUGGUGAUGGAAGGUUUCAAGGAAAUGUUCGACAACACCAUCGUGACGGUGUGGUCGGCGCCGAACUACUGCUAUCGCUGCGGAAAUGUGGCAGCAAUUCUGGAGUUGGGUGAGGAUGGAAGUAAUGCUGGCUACGCGCCCAGGACGAACGGGGAUGUCGGGAGGGUUGGCGGGCCCCUGGCGGAAAGGGGGCAGGAUUUGCGGAUGGGACCUGGAAGGAGGUAUCGGGUGUUUGAGGCGGCGCCGCAGGACUCUAGAGGGAUGCCUGCCAAGAAGCCGGUGGCGGAUUACUUCUUGUAA